CAAUGACAAAUAAUAAUAAUAAUAACAAUAAUAAUAAUAAUCUAUAUACAUUACUACGAUUACUGAUUAUGCUGGGUUAGUAAUGUCAGUUGAUACAGCUGAUCCAGCUGUCAUGUACUCACGUUACUCAUGCUUCUGUGCAUUUAAAAUAACAUAAUGAUUAACAACAAUAGUAUCUAUUAAAAUAGUUUUUCUUCAAAACAAACAUGACCAACACAGGAUUUUUAUUUUCACUGUUGUUAAUUUUUGUUGUCAUUGUUGUCGCUUUUUUAUACAGUAUCAUUUGGGCAAUUGUCAUUUUUGUUCUUUUCAACAUUGGCCGCUUUUGGGGUGAACAAAUUUUAGAACGCAUUAUUAUCUUGCUGAAAUUGGAUAAAAAAUUUAGCAGUAACAAAUUUAACAGCAAUAAAACAUGCAAAGUGUGUCGUGGUGAUAAUUGUAAAAGACACAAGCCAUCUGUUAAUAACAGUCAUGUCAAAAUUCCAAAGGAUUUGGACUCUGCGCUCCAAAAUCUACUGGAAAAAGUUUUACAGACUUACGUGUGCACCUGGUACUCAGAUUUCUCAUCAAAUGAGGCAUUUCUCCAGCAACUACGCCUGACAACAACAAUCGCCAUCAGGAACAUAAUCAGCCGACUCCUCAAUACUCAAGUGUCCGAGUUAAUUUUCAACAACCUAAUUCCCAUCGCGCUCCAACAUGCCCAAGACUGGCGUGUUAUGUCAGAGUGCGCUAAAAAAAAAGGCGGUAAGCCUGAAGACUAUGCUCGUGAUUACUUAGGACAUAGAAUACACCCGGCGGCUUACUCGCGUGAUGAAGAAUUGAGUUAUCUCAGAGGCUUAGUUUCUGGAUUAUUGCCUUAUUUAUUACCCAGUACUUAUAUUUCAACAAAUAACAAGGUUUUAUUGCGGGAAAUUCUGGCAAACUGGGUCCUGCUGCCUGCAAUAGACGCACUGGCGGACCCGGACAAUAUAAACUUCCUGGUGAAACUGGGAACCUCUUACGAAGUACUUCUGCCAGGAGGAAUCGAUUCUGUAAACGUGCCAGUUCUUCAGACGUGGAUUACUCCUGUUGUUGCUAUUGAAACUUCUGACGAUCCGCUGAAACCUUCCUUGGAUCAAGUGCUCAAUGAUCCGCAGCUUCUUUAUUUAUUUAUGCAGCAUAUCAAAGAAACUGGACCCGUUAAUCUCUUACAAUUUUGUCUAGAUAUCGAUGAUCUCAGUAAGCGUAUGUUGAACCCCGAGAUGACGGAAGAAAUCGAAGAAAAUUUAUACCUCGACGCUCAGAACAUAUAUUCAACAUACUUAGACCCAACUGGUAGCGAGUACAUCCACUUGCCUUGGCACAUAACUCAAGGACUGCAGCAAAUACUGGAAGGCGGGCCAAGUAAAAUACAAGAGCUGCGAACCUCUCGGCCACUGUACCAAGCGCAUCAGGAAGCUCACGCCCUCCUGGAGGCUAUUUGUCUCCCGUCGUUCCACCACAGUUACGAGCUCUACAAAUUGCUCUGCGGAUCUCCGAUCGCAAAUUUGACCUCAAAGUCGUCCUCGCAGACGAGCUUGUCCGGGACCAGCGGAGUGGGUCAAAAGUUGAGCUACCAGCUCGGAAAAAUCCGAGGAGCUCUCCGUGCAUCGACAGUCGACGGCGCGACAUUCGAGACUCCGGACGUUUUCCACGCCGAGGAGGUCGACUGUGCACCGCGUACUUACCAGGAUGACUCGGCUCUGUGCAUCGACAAGGCCAGCGACAGAGACUUGACCACCUGGCGGGUCACCGUGCCGCAUGUUGAUGGCAAUGGCAGCCACCCGCUUUAUAUGAUCGAGAUCCACAGCUCUGCUGACAACAAACCUUGGAGUGUCUUGCGCAAGGAUCAAGAUUUUCACACCCUCAGGUCAAGGUUGCUGGAGUUCCAUGGAGACCGCGAGAUGAAUGACUCUCCGCUGCCCACUCGGAAAAAUCAGUACGUAUCUUUGGCCGCUAAUCGCCAGCGCUACGAAGAUUUUCUUCAGAAAUUACUCGCCAAGCCGACUCUACGUAGCAGCGAACUGCUGUAUAUUUUUCUUACUGUACCUAAUUUUAAGCCUUACUUCAAUAAUUACUCUACGCCGGACAUUGGUGUGCUCUAUCAGAGUGUUGCUCAUAAAUUAAGGAAAGAAAAGGGACAAAAUUUGGAUAAGUUUAUGAAUGUUUUUUUGGCUUCGACCGUCGUUGAAACCGAGCAAGUUAAUUUAGGCGUAGAUCCAAUUAAUGAUAAUAAUUUUGGGGAGUCUACGACUAAAGGAAAGGAUUUAUUAGCAGGACCUUUUGAGAAUAAUUUAAAUAUUAGUGAUGUUGAUCAACAAAAUUUGCCGUUGAUUGUACCUAAAAAGCAUCAUGUCAAAGGCGCUUGUUAUUGUAUCGCUGAAGCUGUCGACAGCUUGCUAAAUGUAUCAUCUUUUAUAUCAACGGGCGUCUGGCUGGCAGCUUCGCUGUUGCGCUUAAAUUUGGACCCAUUCUGCAGCAAAUAUUUGGACAGAACAUUAACAAAAUUACUGAGCGGCGGCAGAGCGGCGAUGGUUAUCAAAUUGCUGCAUAACGUGAUGUUCGGGUCGAAAUCAACGCGGAAAAACUUGAGUACAAUGAUCCAGGAUGACGAAAAAUACUUGGGAGCAAAAGAAGGACUCCACAAUCUGCUGCCCAAGUGGUUUUUUGUCCUACGUAAUGACAGCUGGGGUGAAUUAAUGGAUUCGCUUUUGGAUCCUCUGCAAAAUGCUCCUCUGAACAAACAUCUCGCUUAUGUUUUAAUAGAUCAAAUUGUUCUAACACUUUUUCCCGAAUUGUCUCGGUGAGAUUUAUAUAUUUAAUUUUAAAAGCAAUAUUUAUUUUUACAUUCCAAAUAUUUUUUGUACAUACUGCUCAAUUGUAAAUAAGUUGCUGUGGUCACGGCAUUUUAUUUUUAUUUUUUUAAAAUCAUUUUUUUGAAUUUUUAAUAAUAUUAAUAAUAAUUAUAAAUAGUAACUC